UUUCCCUCUCUCUCUAUAUAUAUUUUCACCACCUCUCACACUCCUAAAGAAAAAAGACCCUCCUCCUCCUCCUCUUCUUCUUCUUCUUCUUCUUCUUCUUCUUCUUCUUCUUCUUCUUCUUCUUCUUCUUCUUCUUCUUCUUCUUCUUCUUCUUCUUCUUCUUCUUCUUCUUCGUUUGAUUCUAGCUAGUGAUACAUACCAAACGCUACAACAGUAGUAGUGUUUGAAUUAUUAGAGGAGGAAGUUAGGCAGAUACAUAUAAUUUUCGAAAGCGAAGUUGUUUGAUUUCACCGGCAUUCAAGGAAGAAGGAAUUUGUUGGUUUUACUCUAAAUGGGGAGACACUCUUGUUGUUACAAACAAAAGCUCAGGAAAGGUCUUUGGUCUCCUGAAGAAGAUGAGAAGCUUUUGAGGCAUAUCACUAAAUAUGGCCAUGGCUGUUGGAGCUCUGUCCCUAAACAAGCUGGUCUACAAAGAUGUGGGAAGAGUUGCAGGUUAAGGUGGAUAAAUUACUUGAGGCCUGAUUUGAAAAGAGGCACAUUUUCUCAGCAAGAAGAAAACCUCAUUAUUGAGCUUCAUGCAGUUCUGGGCAAUAGGUGGUCACAGAUUGCAGCGCAGUUACCUGGAAGAACUGACAAUGAAAUCAAGAAUCUAUGGAACUCAUGUAUCAAGAAGAAACUUAGACAGAGAGGCAUUGACCCAAACACCCAUAAACCACUCUCUGAAGUUGAGGUUAACGGUGAAGAAAAAGCUCCCACCACCACUGCUACUGCCACCACCACUACCAUCAAUAACGGCAACAACAAUACUCAUGGUAACAAAUCACCUGGUGGGGGUUUUUCGACGAAUGAUCAAAUGAUGAUGAAAUUUCUCAAGGUUGAUAACUCAAAGCAGCUUGGUUUGACAGUACAAGAAGGUUCUAACUCCAUGAAUAAUAUCGUGACACCAACAAAGGACUUUUUUCUGGAUAGGCCUUCAUCAUCAUCGGAUACUAUGGUUGGUUAUUACCCUCUUCACCAACUGAAUUAUGGUUCAGCUUCUUCUCCUAAUAAUCAAAACCAAUCUCUAUGGUUCAAUCAAGAUACUACUAGACCUUUUGAUUCAAAUUCAUCAAUAUCAGCGGUUCUUCCUUUGGUGCCGACAACAUCAAUCCAUCCAACUCAAUUGGGUUUAAAACCAGCAAAUAGUAGUGUAACUACUCUUGAUACUCUUCAUCAGCAACCAGAUUCUUUUAACUUAAAUGGAGUUCAUUCGUACUGGGAAAAUGGAACUUCCAGUACUAACAAUAGCAGCAUCAGUAGUGGAAGCAGUAGUAUUGAGUUACACAACAACCAGAGCAGCAACAACCACAUCAGCAAUAAUAAUAAUAAUAAUAAUUCCUUUUGGUUCGAAAGCGAACCGGAAGAAAUCAAAUGGUCUGAAUAUCUACAGAACCCAUUCUUGAUGGCCUCAGCAGCGUCGACACAAACUUCAACUCCUCCCCAACAACAACAACAGCAGCAACCAAUAUACAAUGAAAUCAUAAAAUCAGAAACUCAAUUCAUGAACAAUGAUGGGUUAAGUACUACAAGUUGGCAUCAUCAAAACCCACAACAACAAUUCUUACAGGCGGCAACCGGGGAUAUAUAUUCGAAAGACUUCCAAAGACUUGCGGCGGCCUUGGGACAAAUUUAGACGUUUUUUGAUAUUUUUUAAGUGUUUGAGGGAAAUAUGAUCAUCAGUAUCAACAAAAAACAACUACAACUACAACAACAACAACAACAAGAAAAAGAAUUAUAUUAUAACAGAAAUUUUCAAAUUUGAUUGGAUGAAGAAAGGCUUGAUGAAUAAAUGGUUUCUCUUCUGAUUAUUUACAGGUGUGUGUGCCAUAGUUUUCUGUUUUCGUUAUUAUGUAAUGUAAUCGUAUUGUAAAUAGGCUUGACACAGAAGAACAUAUUUCAUAGCUUUUUAAAAAAUUUAUCUUGUGAGUUUUCAUCAUUUGUUCUUGGGGUGGGGAUAUAGUUUCAUAAUAUAAGGCUUGUUCAAGUAUAUUUUUUUCCA